CAUUUUUGUUUUCGACGGUAACGCUAAUCGCCAUUCUACUUAUUGUGUUUCUAUUAAUCAAAACCCGGUCCCGUUUCUGUUGUGAGUAAAAGGGGCCAAGACAAGAGGUCCAUAUGAGAGAAAGUCGAAAACUAAAGGGAAGUAACGAGAUAGCUUCAAAGAAAUACAGUGUGUAGAGUUUUGGUCAAGAUGCGGCCGGCUCUCUCUCUCUGUCCUGUCCUGAUCUCUCUGUUAUUCCUUCUGUCUGGACUGACCGUCAUCAACGGCUGUAACAAAGCCCUGUGUGCCAGUGAUGUCAGCAAAUGUCUGCUUCAGGGGCUUUGUCAGUGCCGGCCGGCGGAGGGAAACUGUUCGUGUUGUAAAGAGUGUAUGUUGUGUUUGAGUUCUCUCUGGGAGGAGUGCUGCGACUGUGUAGGAAUGUGUAAUCCAAGAAAUUACAACGACAGUCCGGCCACCUCCAAGAGCACAGUCGAAGAGCUCUACGGACCAAUCCCGUCACUUUUCCGGGCCCUGACCGAAGGCGACACCCCCAUUAAUAUGAUGGUUGUGUCGUUCCCCGUCGCUGAGGAACUGUCCCACCACGAGAAUCUUGUGUCUUUUCUUGAGACUCUGGACAGUCAGAGUCACAACAUCUCGCUGCCCAGUAACAGCGUUCAUGGUGAUGCCAUGUGUACGGUGGUGUACUUUGAUGACUGUGUGUCCAUUCGCCAGUGUAAGCAAUACUGUGAGUCAAUGGGAGGAUCAAAGUACCGCUGGUUCCAUAAUGCCUGCUGUGAGUGUAUUGGACCCGAAUGUUUGGACUACGGCAGCAAAGCAGUGAAAUGCAAUAACUGCCUCAUCUGAGACUUUCAUAUACAUGAAUCACUGCACUAUCAAAGAACUGAAUACAGAUGUGGGUCCAAACUCACGCUACACUUGUUUAUACUGUGUAAAACACGUGUUUCUAAUGUGUUUCUUUUGUUCCUGUUCCUGUUCUUGUCUUGUUUUUUUUUCUCCUGUCUUUUGGAAAAUAAAUUAACAUAGCGCUUGAGAUUUUUGUAACGUUAUGAAUAUUGUUUGUUAAUCAUUUCAGCAGCAUGUAUGGAUUGCUAUUAAAAACCAAAGAAAGAUAGUCCUGAACAAAACGGUUACGUUUGUGUUAUGAUUUAAUGAUUAAUCCAUCAUUGUUUAAGAUUUUAGUUGUGUCCUCUUUCAUUGUCAACCAACAUACUUAAAAAAAAAAAUCAUAAUUCACAUUUGAGGUAUACUGUAUGUAAUUUAUUUUGUAGACCAAAACAUGAAAGUAUCAAGUACUUUUAACCACAUACCUUAUUUUACUCAUUUAUGAAGACACAAUUUUACUAUACUAUGCUUGUGUUUGAAACAAGCAUCUAGUGUGUCUUUAGUUUACUAUUGUGUGAUGAGAAAUAAAUGAGUUAAAAAACAAAGAUGAAAGAAUGAAAGCAUAUCUCAGAUUUUCUUGUAAACUACAAGUUGAAUGCAGCUCUUUUUGAAAUGUUGCUGUAAGUAAAUUUUAAGACUAAAGUCCA